CACGUGAAGGCAGCGCCGUGUGCCGUUGCAGGGGAUGGUUGGAACGGCAGCUCCCAUCAUCUGCGACAGCGGUGACGGGGAACAAUGUGCGGGAGGAGCCCGGCCGAGUCCCUCCACGCCAAGUGACCGACCAUGGCCAGUCGGUGGCGAGACGGCCCCCGCGGCCGACCGGCGAGGCUCUUCGGCGGCACGCGGGGCGAGCGAACGCGCCGCCGCGACGCAGCGUCCGGGGAGGGCGACGGCGCGAGCGAGUCGCUGCGGGACCUGCCGCGAUGGAUGCGGCUCUACUUCUACGGGAUGCACGGCGUUGCCCUGGACGUCGUGCUGUCGUCGCUGCGCGGGCUUUUGAAUCACCGGGACCCUAAACUGGUGGGAUUCUCCUCUCCGUACCUGUGCAUCAUGCACGCGCUGAGCCACCUGGCGCUGGAGAAGAUCUACUCCCAGAAGCGGUGCUUCCGAGCUCGGCCCGUGGUGUUCCACCUCGUGUUCUACCCGUCGGUGUACAUCGGGCUGCAGAUCCUCAUCGGAACCGUCCGCACGUGGACGCAGCUGGCGGUGCACUACGUCCUGGCUCUGUACUACGCCCAGGUGUUCCACCGGGGGCUGUCCAGGCUGCAGUACCACCCGCUGUGCGCCCCCGACCCCCUCCGGGAGGAACCCCGCACAAAGGCCGGCGGGCGCAGCGGGGGGUCCGCUCGCCGCCUCCCCGGCCUCGUGCGCUUCCUGUUUUUCGGCAUGCACGGCUUUCUGGACGAGGUGCUCUUCACGUCCGUGUUCAACCUGGUGGAGAAGUCGGACCGGGGCCUGAGCGGGCACACGUCGCUGUGGUCCUUCCUGAUGUACGGGAGCUGCGGCUUCGUGGUGGACAGGCUCUACCUGCACCUGCACUUCAGCAGAGGCUGGGGCACGUGGCGGCGGCUCCCCAUCUACGUCUGCUUCAUCUACACCUGGGAGCUGUCGUGGGGCCUGGUCCUGAGGCAGUUCGACGCCUGCUCCUGGGAUUAUUCCCACUACCCUCACAACUUCCUGGGGCUCAUCACCCCCCUCUACCUGCCUGGCUGGGUCUGCCUCAGCCUCUAUCAGGACGUGCUGUCUAACGUUCUCCUGAGGAUCAAGUGCACCAAAGAUGCCGGCGAAGUGAAGGAAAAGAAUGGAGAGGCCGACAAGGAGCACGAAAUGACGCUGAGUGCUUUGGAUGCUCUGCGAUCCUAGGCCUGUCCAUGGAUAAAGGAGCUGAUAGGACCAAGUAAGAAUUAGCAUUUGUCAACAAAUCCAAGUAUUUAUUACUAAGGUUCAGACAGGAGGGCAUUGAAUGUUUACCUGACCAAGACAAAUGAUGUUGACCUACUGCCAUUUUUAUCUACUAAUAAGAUAUCAGAUCCUCUGAAAAUCAACCUGGUCUUUAUGACCAGAUAAAUGUACAUAGUCUUUCUUCUACUUGCUAUUCAUGCAACGUGGCACAUUUAGUUUGGGUCAGAGUGAGUGUUCCAUUUACAUAUAGAUUAGCAUGCUUUAUUUAUAGCUCAUACCUGUAUGUAUGUGCAUGCUAAACAUAUAAAACAAUUACAGCUUAUAAACAUCUGGAAGACUUUGUUUCUGAAGGCAUAAAGUUUAUCCAAUACACAUACUGUUGCCUAAAACUAAAAGGUCAGUAUUUUCAUCAGACAUGCUCUAUCAUACAAAUAUUUAGACGUUCAUAUCAUCUAUCUUAGUAGGGCCCCUCAGUCAUGCAUGCUAUUAGAUUGACAUAGUAAUAUAUGUAGCAAAGGGAGCUAAGGGACACUCUACUGUGAAGCAAACCAAACAGAACUUUGUUGUGUGCCUUUCGGUGGUUCUGCCUGAGUGAGGAUUGAUUUACAAUGUAUGCUAAAGCGAUUCACAUCUCAUCUGUUUGAGCCCAAGUGACAAAUGUGCAACCGCCGUUGUUUUUUUAAUUCUGAUUGCAUUUGUAGACACAAGUCUGAAUGCAGAGCAGAGGAAGUCUUUUAGAGGAUUCUGUUCAACAUAUAGAUCAUUUACACAGACAGGCUCUCAGUCAAUUCCGUUAAUUAAUGACUUUGCUUUUGUCUAAUAUUACACCCAACAGUGGAGGUUUGGGCAUCAGGUGAGCGCCCGCCGGUAGAAUGCUGCAGGUGUAACGUGAUAAUACACUGACACAGGACCAGCCGUCUGCAACGUUCACCUAAUUCAGGAGCCAUGGACUCGUUUUAUUAUUAAAACUGUAAAACUAUUAGUUUGUCAAAGAGCAUUUAAGAGCAACUUAUUUUAAAGCUAAUGAAGAUUUUCUUAUCUUGUGACUGUGACACAGCCUUCGACAGGAAGCCUUGUCACAACACAGUUCAGUGACGUAGGAGAACAUUUCAUUUCAAAGUCUUACACUUAUUUUGAAAUGACAGCCUUUAGCGGCUCAGCGGCCUUCUGCCUUCUGAGCAAACAGAUCUUGCACUGUCUAAAUAAAUGCGGGUGAAAUGGAGAGUGUGUCGUUCUCACUAAACGUCACAUGGGGUCAGUUUAGGAAAAAACACCAGCAGCUGUAGUUGUCCCACUCCCACAGCAGCAUCUCACUGCACGCCCGUGCUGGAAUCAGCCCUGCCAUGCAUGAGGCUGUCCUUUUAAAAUGCUAUUAUAAUAAGACAAAAGCCUGUUCUACUUUUAGCCCCGAUGUCUGAUUUGUGUUGGGUUCCUAUAGAGAUAAGUAGCAUUUUCUUAAAUCCUUACAGAAGCUUGUGAUUGUACUGGAUGCAAAUCUUGAAUGACUUUGAAAUUCAAUUCACUUAAGUUUAUUUAUAUAACAAAUCAAAAUCAUUCAUGAUGUUUCAGUCUCUGUUGAGAGCACUGGAAAUAUAAUUGGUACAAUAAUCUCUUAAACAUGUCAAAGUAUCGUAUUGUAUAGUGUGUUUUUUUUCUCGGCAGCUAUCGUGAGUUUACUCAACAUUUGCAUAUUCUCCACAGCCACGAGUGACUUGACCUUUUUACAUCUCUAGGGCUUUUUUGUUGUUAUUUACCUAUUUAAAAUAGACCCAAAGACUUUUAGAAAAGAUGUGAACAGUUGGAAUUACAUGUAAAUCAAUGUACGAAACCUUGAUUGCAACAGCAUGUAGUUUGAAAUUAAUUUUAAUAAAACCUGAACCUUUCCUGUGA